AUGGCAAUAUCUGCUGCAUUGCAGGAGGCUGGUACCGGCCAAAAUGUCACCGAAGAACCCAUUGAUAAUGACUCGGCUGCUUCUACCUUGGCUACCAUGGACAUUCCUGUCCCUGUUCCCCAUGAUGCUGCCUCCCCCAUCACAACCGCAAGUCCUUCUACUGCCGCAACUGAAACCACAGCUCCUGUCAUUGUCAUCACAGACUCCGAUGAUGAGGACGCUUUUCCCCAUGAUGCUGCCUCCCCUACCACAACUGCAAAUACUUCUACUGCCACAACUGAAACUACAGCUCCUGUCACUGUUGUCAUGGACUCCAAUGAUGAGGAUGCUUCCAAUGCAGCUGAGUCUCUUGCCCAGGACUCCACCCUUCAUUCUUAUUCCAGUAAAUAUUUCAACGUGCCUAUCAAAGACAAGGCGCCCCUCUACUAUGUUAUGUGGGGCCGUUACAUUGGCAUCUUCUCAGGCUGGGAUGUUACCAGCCCCAAGGUCACUGGAGUUUCACCCGCCAUCUUUCACAAGGUAGACUCUGUUGAACAAGGUAUCAGGAUUGUGAAAUGCACGAUUGAACGUGGUGAGGUGGUGCAGGUAGCUUAG